AUGGAUAUCAAACAACAAAAAGAAUUCUUAGUAAAGGCAUAUCACGAAUGUUUAUAUCAGGAAAAAUCAUUACGAAGGCCCAUAUCUUACUAUAAGGACAAAAUAAUUGAAAUUAGGAGAAAACUUAAACCAACUGAAGAAGAUUUUGAGAAAGAAAUAAGACUAGAAAGAGAUUUAAGAAGAUAUGAAAGGAAAAUUAGAGGAGACUACGAGACUCUAAUGGACAUAAAAAAGAAUAUAAUUAAAAGGAUAAUUAAGAUAAAAACAGAGUUAAAAACCAAAAAGAGAUAUCAAAAUAAUUUAAAAAUGUCAGAUAUAUAUGAUCAUUGGUUACAACAUAGGACAUUACAUAAUACACAAAAACAUACUUCACGUGUAGAAAACCCAGUCUUAGAUUUCGCGUGUAGAAAAUGUUAUCCAAUAGCAAUAAUACAAGAAGAGAUAAUAAAAGAAUUUUUAAAAUUCUGGGAAAUUUUAUGUGGAAUAGAAACCCAAAUUUACGAAGAUAGUUAUACAUCUAAAACAAUAAUUUCCUUUGGGGAAAUAGUAGAAAGUAAUAAAGAUGAGAUUACAAGAGAAGCAACAAAUCUUAUAUGGUCAAUUAGUUAUAAAGGAAAACCCCACUAUAAGUUAGAUGGUUUAAUUUACAUUAUAUGGGAAAUUAAACAAAACUGUUAUAAUUAUAAUGAAGAGGGAAAUAUUUACUUUGUAGAUAAUAAAACCCAACUUUACGAAACUUUACAAGAGAUAUGUGAACUACAAAAUCAUGGUUACAUAAUAGGUGAUGGGGAAUUAAAUCAUAGAUUUGCAGAAUUUUGGAAUUGGAUAAUUUUAGAUACUACAGCAUAUGAUUUAUUCGAUCAAAUUGAAACAUUAAAAAUAUUUAGAGAGAUAUUAUACUUAGGAGAGAAAAUUAGAGUAAAUAGAAAUGAGAUUAGAAGGUUACAAAAGAGCAUAAAAUUCCACAAAGAAGAUACUUAUUAUCCCCAACCAUGGAAAAAUGAUUAUCUCACAAAUGCUAUAGAAACCCAAUUACUAACAACUAAUGGAUUUAAAGGAGAAAUUGUGAUAGAAAACCCAAAUUUGAAGGAAGAGAAUGAUGAAUAUAACAUAAUAAUCGAAAUAUUACAAGAAAGAGGAAUACAAAUAGGGAAGGAAGACUUGAUGAGAAUAAUAUUCACAUUAGGGUAUAACCCAGCACAAAUAUACUUAAAAGGAUUCAUAGAGACCUAUAUUGAAAAUGAAGGAGAAAGUAAUGACGUGUUAAAAACAAUAUUGGAUAAAUGGAUAAGUGAACACCAAAUUGAGGAGUCACAUGAUGAAUUUUCGUCUGAUGAAGAUGAAAAUGUUAUAAAAACCCCACCAAAUCCCUCAAGUUCUGAAGAAUCAGAAAACUCAAGUAAUAAUACAACAGAAAAUAAUAGUAUACAUAAUACAAGAACAAAUACCCCAACCUCAGGAAACUCAACUAGAAGUAAUAGUCCACUACCAAUAAUGGCUACCAGAGAUGAAGUAAGAGAAGAUAUUAGAACAGUAAUGAGAACUAUCUUUGGAAUAGAUCCAGGAGCAGUCUUGAAUACAGCCCCACCUAAUACAAUAAAUGCUACCUUAACAGGCAUGUUAAAUCCACUUAAUAGAGCUGCAAAAAUAGCAGAAUUACCACUCUUUUAUGGAGGGGAUCAAGACGCUAAUGAUUGGAUCAGAGAUUUUAAUAAUGUGUAUGCAGGAAACAGAUAUGUUGAUGAUCAAGCAGCAAAAUUAGUGAGAGCAAAACCAUGUUUAAGAGAAGAAGCAGCAGACUGGUUAGAAGGAAUAGUUGCUUUAGGAAAUCUAGCUGGUUUUGAUAAUGCAAACGAUAAUACUAGUUUAGCAUAUGAGAUGAAAAGUAAAUAUGCCAGUCCUGUUAGACAACAACAAUGGACAAGAGAAUUACAAUCUAUCAAACAAAAAGAUGGAGAGAAAGUGGGAGAAUAUGCGGCGAGAUUUAAUAAAUUAUUAAAAAGAGUAGCACCAGAAGCUGGUGAUUUACAUGAAAGAUUUAGAGUAAAUUAUUUUAUACAAGGGUUAAAUCCUAUAGUCGCUGGAAGGACAUUUGAAGGGAAUUCUGAUACUUUAGUUAAUGCAAUUACUAGAGCAAAAAGUAUAGAAGCAGGUAAUAAUUUGAUGUUACAAGGAAUGGGAAUCCCCAAUUUAAAUAUAAAUGAAAGCUCAACAAGUAAAACCCCAAACGUUAUAGUUGAUAAUAAUAUUACAAGUGAAGUAGAUAAUUUAGCCAAACAGUUGGAAGAAUUAAAGAUUGCUAAAUUAGAAAAAGAAAUAUUAAGUAUUAAAAAUGAGAUAAAUAAUAAUAAUAACACUCAAAAACCCCAAUUUAGACCACCAAGACGUCAAGUGAAUAGGCCCCAAUUUCAACAAAGACCACCAAUGGAUUGGAGCAGAGUUAACUGCUAUAAGUGUGGUAAAUUAGGACAUACUGCCAGAUUUUGUAGAGAAAAUACUCAACAAUAUAAUGUGAUUGAUAUGGAAGAUGAUAAUCAAGAUUAUCAUUAUGAUGAUGAAACAGGAUUAUACUAUUACUUUGAUUACGAUUAUCAACAAUAUUUUUAUCUUGACGAAGAAUCCCAAAAUGAGUUAUAUUAUCAAGAUAACGAAUAUUAUCCAGCAGAAAGGACAACUAGGAGUCAAGUAAGAAACAACCCAUUGGUAGGUAAUAAAACAUUACCUGAUAGAGAUCCAAUUAUUAAAAGAAAACCAGUAAACAAUGAUAUAGAGAUGACUGAGAGAGUUAGAAGACCAUAUGUUAGGAAAGGAGAAGGAAAAUUUCAAAUUAAACCUAGUAGAUUCGAAACUGAUGCACAAGAUUAUGAUAUAGUAAGCGAUUUAGAAAAUAUGAAACCCAACAUUAAUUUCACACAAUUAGUAGCAGCAGCACCUAAAUAUGAAUUAAGAUAUUAUGAUGAAAAUAAAGAAGUAACAAUAGCUAUGAAAACCCCAAUUUUUAUAAAUGGAAUUGAAAUUAAAGCCAUAGUAGAUACUGGAGCAGCCACAUGUGCUAUAUCAAAAGGAUUAUUAAUAGAGACAGGAAAUGAAAUUGAAAGAUCAAGUAAUGUAAGAUGUAUAAUGGCAAAUGGAUCUAAAACAGCAUCAUUAGGUAAAUCAACCUUAGAAAUUGAAAUUGAUGAAAUAAUAACAGAAAUUGAAGUUGAAGUAAUUAAUUCACAAGAUAGAAUGUUAAUAAUUGGCAAUGAUUUUAUGAGUGAUUGGAAAGCUAAUAUAGACUUUAAAACCCACACCUUAACAUUAAAUGAUCAAGGACAUGAAAUAUACAUACCAAUUGAAUAUAUCAAAAGUAAUAGAGUUAAAUUUGAAACCCCAAUUCAGGAUGAAUACACUGAUGAUGAAGAAGACCCCACAUACGAAGAUAAUGAAGAAAUUGAAACUUUUAGAGUUGAAGAUUUAGAAGAAGAGUAUAUCAGCUAA